GCCGUCCCACUUCUUUUCCCACUGGAUGCAAGCCCGUCGCCCUGUGCGGCGUUUCGGGGACAGCGGCUGCCUCCGUCCUGGCGUUUCUGAACGACACCUAGCGUCGCGGGCCGGUGUGGGUGGGCUUCGUGUUCAGCCGGUGUCUGGCGUGUGUAGGGGCGAGAAUUACAGUAAACGUCUUGCAGGGACUCUCCGAGAGCGGGGUCUUACCAUGAACACGAGAGAGCUCAACUUCAUUUUGAAGGCUUGUGAAGAAUCACAGAACCGCACUGAUGAUCCUGUUAGAGAUGACUACAAAAAGAUGGGAACACUUUUUGGUGAGCUGAACAAAAACCUCAUCAACAUGGGCUGCAGGAGGAUGUACUUUGGAGAACAAAUUGUGGAACCAGUGAUCGUCAUUUUCUUUUGGGUUAUGCUGUGGUUCCUUGGCCUACAAGCCCUUGGACUGGUUGCUGUUCUUUGCCUUGUUAUUAUUUAUGCACAGCAUUAAAAUAUGGCCGAAUGAGCUGUUGGUUGACAUUUGAUAGCCAUAUAUAUGUAAUUAGUGAAGUUAUAUAUUUCACUACAUGAAAGCCAAAAAGUUUGCCUUGUUUCAAAUUGUGUACUGUUUCAUAAUAUAAUUACAAAUGGAUGUUGUUUAAAAUAAUAUUCAAUUCUUGAUUAUAACAGGGUUCAAUAUACAUCUUGUAGCUUAUUCAAAACUCAUGUUUUAAUACUAUAAUCUGUGCCCAUUUUUAAAUACCCCUAUUCCUAGCACCAAGUGAGCAGGGAAAAUAACAGGAUAUGGAGUUCAAAUUGGGCAAUAUAGGUCUAAUAAACAGCUCCAGUAAAACAUUUUACACUACCUUAAUAUUUUGAUGAAAAUCAGUAAAGCUAGCACAUCUUCUAAAAAUUGAAACUAAUGUAUUUAUUAUUGCUUGGGAAACUUUCCAAGUUAAAUAUGACAUUUUUAUGAUGAAACACUUGGGAAUCACUUCAGUAUAUCAUUUGAAGUUUUAGAUAAUUUUGGUGCUAAUCACUUUUUGUGAAAUUUUAAAGUCCCAUAAGUCGGAUUCAUAGUUGGUUUUAGCCCAUGAUAAUGCUAUAUUUUCUUGUAUCUAACAAGUUGCAUAUUUUUUUCUUAGAAAUUUUCAGUGUUGUUGUUUUUUUCAAAUUUUUAUAUUUUAUAGUUCUUUCAUAGCAAUUAUUCUAAGUCUUUAAAAAUCAAUUUACCUUGACAUAAUUUUUUUUUUCCCAAAAAAAUUUUAUUUGUACUAGAGCUGAAAUACUUAACUAUUCUUUGCAGCAGGGGUGGGGUGUUGGAUGGGAUCAGCUCAUUUCUUUGAUAUAUGUAUUAGAAAAUACAGUAUUACAGAAUAAAAACCAAAUGCUUAAAUUUGGAACUCAACAGCCAAUUAUAAUAGUAUUCUUCUAAGGCUAAAGCAAAGUUAUUAAAGUGUCUUCAUUCACCACUUUGGGGUUUUAUAUUGAUAUACAAAUUUCUUUAAAUACCCUUUGAAAAUAGAAAGUGGUUUAGUAAUAUUUUGGAUUUUUGAACCUAAAAUUUUUAGAACUUUAGCUCAAAAGAGUUUCUAUAUAUACAAAAGAGGUAGUUAAGAUAAUUAUCUAAAAAUUUAAGUUAAGUAAGAGGAAAAUAGGACAUUGGACAUUUUUAUCAUUGGCAAAGCAAUAACUAAAGCAUGUAAAGUGUUUACUAUUCCACUUUGUGAAACUUUUACCCAAUCCUGUUUUUAAAAUGUAUUUAGGUUCUCAAUGUCUUCCAUUCUGAAGCAGAAAAUUAAUGAAAAAUGUUCAAAUUAGAUUUCUAAAAUCAGAUAAUCCUGAACAAAAAUACAACUCAUAGGGCACUAAAAUGUAUUGUGCAUUUGUAUAAAUGCAGACCUUUUAAAGUUUGCCAUUAAAAAAAAAAAAAAAAAAGACUUUGUACUAUCUCAUUGUGUUUUUAUAUUGGGCUUGCAGUAUUUUUAUGGUCACCUUUAUAAACUCGGUAUCAAGUGUAAGUUAUUUGAAAAGGUGUCUUCAUUUGUGUCAGAAGAAUUGUGAAGUUUUUAAUAGAAGCCAUGAGGUUUUUUAUGUCUGCAUUAAAUAUUA